GGAAGAGCGUGGGAGCCGAAACACGUCAUAAACCCCUAUCUUGACACAACGCUUCGGACAAACAUCGGAGUGGAUAUGAACCUCGGUCGCCCAUCGGUGCUCUGCCGGCAAGAGACUCAGAUAGUAACUCUGGGGCGCGCAGAGAUAGGCUCAUCUAUAACGAUCCUCUGCUUUUCUCAUCGCCCACCCCAGGAAUUGACCGGGGGCGCUUCUUGGCUUCUAUCAUCCGCACUAUCAUACGACGACUUUAACACCGUUGAGGUUCCAACGCCAUGGCACCAUACACAAUCCUCGUCGGCUCGUACGCCGAGUCGCUCUACGUUCUCGAGUUCGACCCGUCUGCGAAGACGCUCAAGCUCAACCAAUCGCUCAAAGUCGGCUACCACCCCUCAUGGAUCACCGUGCACCCCACGGACAAGUCGCUCAUCUACACCGCGCUCGAGCAGAAGGACGGGGAGGUCAUCGUGCUCAAGUACGCGGAAGGCACGUUGACGGAGCUGCAGCGGGCUCCCAGUGGUGGAAGGGACCCGUGCACUGUGUUGGCGAGCGAGGGAGAGCUUAUCGUUGGCAAUUACACGGAGGGCAAUGUCUCCUUCACACCCCUCUCAACCUCUGAGCCCUACCUUUCGCCCGAGAAGAUGUACACUGUGGUGAUGCCGCACGUUGAACAACCUGGCCUGGUCGCAGAUCGCCAGGAGUCGUCACACCCGCACCAAGUCGUCUUCACAUCCGACGAGAGCGAGAUCCUCGUCCCUGAUCUUGGGGCCGACAAGACAUACCGCUUGAGGCGGGGUGAGGAUGGUCAGUGGGCGCUUUCCGACGAGAGUUUCUCGUACGAGGCGGGCUCCGGGCCUCGCCAUCUCGUCCUCUCAGGCACCGAGCUCUUCACCCUCCUCGAGCUCUCCUCCCACCUCUCCGCCAUCGACUUCCCCACCGGCACCCUCAUCGGCGUCGCAUCCACCCUCGACCCCCCGCCCGCGCGCGACGCCCUCCUCGCCGGGCCCGCAGGCCCGCGCCUCGCCGCCGAGCUGCUCAUCGCGAACCAGCUCGGCGGGCAAUGGAAGUACCUGUACGCGUCGAACCGGAACGACCCCGCGCCCGCGGGCGACACCGUCGCGAUCUUCUCGCUCGCCGAGCGCGGCGCGCCCAUUCUCGCGAGCGAGGUGCGCACGGGGCAGAAGCACGUGCGCGGGAUGAUGUUUGGGGGCCCCGACGACCGGUACUUGGUGACGGGCGGGAAGGACGGGGGCGGGGUGAAGGUCUGGGAGCGGGUGAGUGGCGGGCGGGGGUUGAGGGAGCUGGCGAGUGUUGAUGUGGAGAGUCCGACGAGUUUUUUGUGGAUGUAAGCGUACCAUGGACUAGUGAGGCGAUUUGUAUGAUUAGCGAAUUUAUGGACUAGCAUUGAGGAUGC